AUGUCCACUCCUGCCCUCUUCCAGCCUAUCAGGAUCGGCAACACUGAGCUCAAACACCGCGUCGCACUCGCGCCGCUCACUCGUCUCCGCAACGACGCCGCGCACGUCCCGACUGAACUCGUCAUCGAGUACUACGCUCAGCGAGCCAGCGUUCCCGGGACGCUGCUCGUCAGCGAGGGGACCUACAUCGCGCCACAAGCCUCCGGACAACCUCAUGCGCCCGGCAUCUGGAACGACGCGCAAAUUGCGGCGUGGAAGAAGGUCGUCAACGUCGUCCACGCGAAGGGCUCCUUCAUCUACUGCCAGCUGUGGGCUCUCGGCCGCGCCGCUCGCCCGGACCUGCUGCACGCCGAAUACCCAGAUUUCGACCCCGUGUCCGCCUCUGCGCUCGCCAUCCCCACCAAUCCGGAUCACGUCCCGCGCGCUCUGACCAAGGAAGAGAUCAAGGAGUGGGUGGGCUGGUACGCCCAAGCGGCCAAGAACGCGAUCGCGGCCGGCUUCGACGGCAUCGAGGUCCACGGCGCGAACGGCUACCUGCCCGACCAGUUCCUGCAGGACGUGACGAACAUCCGGACGGACGAGUACGGAGGGUCGAUCGAGAACCGCGCGCGGUUCAUGCUCGAGAUCGUGGACGCGAUCGUCUCUGCGAUCGGCGCGAAGAGGACGGCGCUCCGGAUGAGCCCGUGGAACAAGUACCAGGGGAUGGGGGACUCGGCCCCCGUCGCGACGUUUUCGUACGUCGUCGAGCAGCUCAAGGCGCGCCACCCCGAUCUGGCGUACCUCCACACUGUGACGUCCGCAGCAUUCGGCAGCGAGCCGCCCAGAGACCCGUCGACGGAGAACUUCAUCGCCAAAAUCUGGGACCCGCGCCCGCUGGUUAUUACUGGAGGCUUCGUGCGUGAGACGGCGAUCAAGCGUGCGGAGGAGGCUGGCCACAUCAUCGGCUUUGGAACGCUCUUCAUUGCCAACCCUGAUCUUCCCUUCCGUCUGCAACACGAUCUGCCGCUGAACGCUCCCAACGUUGACGGGUUCUAUGUGCCGAUGGUCGCUGAGGGGUACACCGACUACCCCUUCUCGAAGGAGUUCUUGGAAUCGCAGAAGUAA